AUGAAAAUGUCAGUAACUCUUCGUCAACAUUUCUGGAAAACAAAAUUGUGCCCUUUACAUAUGGAGAACAGGUGUAAUGAAGGGAGCAAUUGUGAUUAUGCUCAUUCUAUAGAAGACUUAAGAUCUAUUCCUGAUUUGAAAAGAACUAAAUUAUGUUACAAACUAUUAAAGGGAGAGAAAUGUUUUAAUAAAAAAUGUAAUUAUGCGCAUAAUCAAGAUGAAUUAAAAUCUGCACAGAAUUUAUUUGCAUAUAAAUCAUCUAUGUGUAAAUUUGUAGCAAAUAAAAGAUGCUUGAAUGGUGCUACAUGUCGUUUUGCUCAUUCAGUUGAUGAAUUAAGGAUUCCAAGGAUACCUGAUAUUUUAUUAGAAAAGAAAGAUAAUAACCAAACGGAUGGGGGAAACAAGGAUCUCCUAAAUAUAGGAAUCGAUAAUAAUAAUAAUAAUAUGUUGAAUGAACUAAAUAGUAGCCAUAAGAAAACAAGAAAUAGAAAUAAUUUUAAUAAUAAUUUAGAUAUGCUUAUAAAUAACUUUAAUGAAAUGCACCUUAUUAAUAAUGAUUAUAUGAAGAAUUAUAAUAAUUCAUUAAAUAUUCAUAACAAAGGUGAAAAUAAUUAUGAUAAUAUUAUUAAUAUGAAUAAUUAUAAUGAUAAUGGAAAUACUUUUGUUGAUCAUGUCAACGAUAAUUUUUGUGAUAAAAUUUUUAAUAGUCAUUUGGAUAAUAAUAUGAAUAUUCACAUGAACAACCACGUGAAUAGUAAUAUAAACAACCACGUGAAUAAUAAUAUGAACAAUCACAUGAAUAAUAAUAUGAACAAUCACAUGAAUAAUAAUAAUAAUAAUAAUAAUAAUAAUAUGAACAACCACAUAAAUAAUAACAUAAACAACCACAUGAAUAAUAACAUAAACAACCACACAAAUAAUAACAUGAAUAAUUACAUAAACCAUAAUAUGAAUAACCAUUAUAGUAAUUAUUCGUAUGGUACAUAUGAUAACCGUUCUAUGCAAAAGAAUUGUGAACUAAAAUAUCAAGAUGAUAUGAAAAAGAAAGAAAAAAAUAAAUAUAAAAAUAAAGGGAAACUAUUAAAGAAUGAAAAAAACAAUCCUAAUUACAUAGGGAAGCAAAACAAUAGCAGUACAGAAAAAAAUAAAAAAACAACGAAAAAUUGUAUCAUGAAUAGUACUUCUUCGUCUUUGAAAAAUACCGAAGAUAAAAGUUAUGAUAGUAACACAACCAUAUCUUCAAGCUUAAAUUAUGUAGAUGAAGACAAGAACAAAACAAAUGAAGAUUCUUUCGCAAGCCCUACUUUUGAAAAAGUUGAUAAAAACCAAUAUCAUGCAAAAACAGAAGAAAAUAUAAACAUGAACCAUAUGGGGAAAUCAAAUAACAAAGAUGAUUCAAAAGAUGAGACGAAUAAAUUAGAAAUAAAGAAAAAUGAAAAAUUAAAUAUAAAAGAUAUAUAUGAUGAAAAUAAAAAUAUAUAUAUAUGUGAUUCAAAUAAACAGAAUAAUAAUAUGAAUAAUAUAAAAGAUAAAAAGAAAAAAAAUAAUAUUAUGGCUAGUCAAACAAAGGAAGGAGAAAAUAAAAUAAACUGUACAGAAUAUGAAAAUUUUACUAAUUCUUGUUUAUAUAAAAAAAUAAAUAUAAAUCAAAAUAUUCCAAAUUAUUACAAUUAUCCAAAUUAUCACAGUUAUCCGAAUUAUGACAAUUAUCCUAAUAUCUACAAUUAUCCGAAUAUACAUAAUUAUCACAAUUUUCAAAAUCUAUCAAAUAUUAAAAGUUACAAUCCUUAUUUCAAUUAUAUACAAACAAAUGAUAAAAUAAGUAAGGCAGACACAUGUGUAGAUAAUCAAUAUUCUCAAUAUAUUAAUCCAAAUGAAUAUGUUUUUUAUGAUCAUCAAAAUAAUAUACAGUAUGCUCCACCAAAUUAUUAUGGAAAUUAUUUAUAUUAUUAUGCGGCUCCAUAUGGUUAUGGACCUGUUGGUUUACCAGAAAAAGUAGUACAUAAUAACUCUCCUAAUGAAAAGAUAAUAUUUAAUGAUAAUAGAGGAGAAGAGUAUACAAAAAAUGAGGAGAUUAGCAUAAAGGAGGCUGAAACCGAAAUUGAAGAGGAUAAAUCUGAUGAUACGAAUAAUAAAGUGGAAGAUUCUGAUGAAUUAAAUAGUGUAUCACCAAAAUGUCAAGAAUAUACUUCAAAGGAACAAAUAUAUGAAAACAAUAUAUAUAAAGAAAGUAAACAUGAAUUUGAUAUAUAUGAAGAAAAUGUGUUACAAGUAGAUACAGAAGAGGAUAAUAUUAAUGAGCAGGAUAUAUCUGUGAUAAAAAAUUACAAAAAAGUGAAUGAAAAAUGUAGUAUGGAAGAAAAUGUGAAAGGUGAAGAUUCAAAAAUAUGUUCUUUAGAUGACAUAAAGGCAGAAGAUACUAUAAAAAAUAAUGAAAACUAUUAUAUAACUAAUGCAAAUGAAAAUGUAAAAACGUAUAGUAUUGAAAACAUUAUGAAUGAAGAAUUUACGAACAAAUCUAUUACUCUUAACACAGAAAAUCCAAACACACAAAAUAAAGAUGAGACACAGAAUAAUGAAGAAGUACAAAUAUCUUCAACCACUUUACAUAAAAAUGAAGAAGAAAUAAAAACGAAAGAUAUGAAAAAUUAUCAUAAAGAAAAUAAGUCAAAAAGAAAGAAAAAAAUAUCCAAGUUAGUAUCUUUAAAAGAUUUCAAAAAGAAAAAUAUUAGAAAUAAUAAUAUUAUAGAAAAUGGAAAAAAUACGAAAUUAAAUCCUGUUCCUUCAUCUGUAUAUAGUUAUAUUGGAAAUACAAUUAAUGCUCAAGGUGUAAAUUAUGAUACAACGUAUAUGAAACCAUUGUCUAAUGAUAUGGAUAUAUAUAUGAACAAUCUAUAUGAUAUAAAUCCUCUCAAUAAUGAUUAUAUAAAUUAUAAUUUGAAUAAUAGGAAUUAUGGUUAUUAUUACUGUUCUUAUCCUAAUCCUUCUAUUUUUAAUGAUGAAGUAUAUUUAAAUUAG